GUCCAGAGAGGUUGACCACAGGAAUGUGAGCUGCGGUGGGAGUGCACAUGGAGGUUCUGUGCCUGUAUAGGUAAAGAUGACUCUGCUGGCAGGCGACGGCUCAGACUACGACUACAGCGCUCUGAGCUGUGCCUCCGAUGCCUCCCUCCUCCUCCCUCAACCCCCGCCCCUGUCAGAGCAAGAGGCCUUCAAGGGGGCCUACUACAAACGGGCCCAACUCCUACCUGAGGACCCAGACCACCACCUCACCAACUCCACCUCGCUCUCCGCUGCCCGUAAACUCCAUGCCAUUAUCAAUGUCGGCGGGUUGCGUUAUCAAUUACCCUGGACCACCUUGGAGGACUUCCCCCUGUCCCGACUUGGCCAGCUGCGCCUCUGCAGCAGCUUUGACGAGAUCAUGUGCGUCUGCGACGAUUAUGACAUUGCCAGCAACGAGUACUUCUUCGAUCGUUCGCCUUGCGCCUUCCGCACCAUCCUGACCUUCCUGCGGGCCGGGAAGCUGCGAUCCCUCAGGGAGAUGUGUGCCCUCUCCUUUAGGGAGGAGCUGCUCUACUGGGGGGUCCCUGAGGAGAACCUAGAGUGGUGCUGCCGUCGCCGCCUCAUCCAGCGGGUGGAGGAGUGUGACGAGCUGGAGCGGGCAGCCCAGGAGGAUGAGGAGGAGGAGCUGAUGAUGGACACCGAAAGCGGGCACCGCAGAGGCAGCGCCGCCCGAGCUACGGAGACCCGGAUGGGACAUUAUAUGAACAAGCUGAGAGACAUGGUGGAGAGGCCUCACUCAGGCCUGCCAGGGAAGAUCUUUGCUUGUUUGUCGGUGCUGUUUGUCACCAUCACGGCUGUCAACCUGUCCAUCAGCACCAUGCCGGCCAUGAGAGAGGAGGAGGAGCAGGGCAAGUGCUCCCAGAUGUGCUACAACAUCUUCAUAGUGGAGACGGUGUGUGUGGGCUGGUUCUCCCUUGAGUUCACCCUGCGCUUCAUCCAGGACCGGGACAAACUUGCCUUCCUGAGACGCCCUCUGAACCUCAUAGACGUGGUGGCAAUCCUGCCCUACUACAUCACCCUAGUAGUGGACAGCUACCAGGGGGAGAAGAAGCUGGGCUCGGGCAGCAGUUACCUUGACAAGGUGGGUCUGGUGCUCCGGAUCCUCCGUGCCCUGAGGAUUCUAUACGUGAUGCGGCUGGCCCGCCACUCAUUGGGCCUGCAGACUCUGGGGCUUACUGCACGGCGCUGCACGCGGGAGUUCGGAUUACUCCUCCUCUUCCUCUGCGUGGCCAUUGCCCUCUUCUCCCCGCUGCUCUACCUCAUUGAGAACGAGAUGGCUACGACCCCCGAGUUCAGCAGUAUCCCCGCCACCUACUGGUGGGCCGUCAUUACCAUGACAACGGUGGGCUACGGGGACAUGGUUCCGAGGAGCAUCCCGGGUCAGGUGGUGGCUCUGAGCAGUAUCCUGAGCGGGAUUCUUCUCAUGGCGUUCCCAGUCACCUCCAUCUUCCAUACAUUCUCCCGGUCCUAUGUGGAGCUGAAGCAGGAGCAGCAGAGGCUACUGCAAAGACGGACACACUUCCUGUUACGCAGGAGGAUAGGCGGGCUGGGGAGUAACAUGUCGCUGGAGAGUGACUACCCCAGCUGUGGUUCCUCUGGGGCCAGGGAAAACUGA